AACACACAUACACAAGUUCCCAAUACAUUGAGGAAGAACUCUCUCUCAUCUCUAGAAAUGGCUGGUUCCAGGCAUGUUUUCAUGUUGUCUUUGAUUGUCACAUUGUCGUUGUCAAGCAUUGAUAUGAGCUUGGCAGCUCGUCAUCUUUUGGUCACACCUCCGGCAGCUGCACCCCCAGCGCUGCCUACAAUCCCAUCUCUUCCCAAGGCUACACUGCCUCCUCUGCCCUCUGUGCCAACACUGCCUAAAACCACGUUGCCACCGCUGCCAUCUUCCCCUUUGCCAACACUUCCAACCCAACCCUCAUUGCCACCAUUGCCUUCAAACCCAAUGCCAACUCUACCAAAUCCAACUAUGCCAACCACUCCCAAGAUGACUCUACCUCCUCUUCCUUCCAGUACUCCAUUGCCCACCAUCCCAACUACAAUCCCAUCGAUUCCUACCAUUCCAAUAACGAUUCCAACAAUUCCUUUCUUCUCCCCACCACCAUCAAAGUGAAGUACCCGUAGUCUUUGAAACGCCAUGGGAGCAUUCUCUUUCUCCUACUGAUCCAGUUUUUGGAGAUUUCUGUGUCUGCCCCACUAUAUGAAGCGUUUCUGGAUCAGUGUGUUGGAGCCUGCCUUGGCUCUCUCUCUAUAUAUAUACUGCUGUUUUACGUGUUUGAAUAUUGCGUUGUUGUACGUGUCAUAUGAGAGACAUUAUUAUUUAGUCAUUUUAGAGUCAGAUUUUUAUUGUCAUUGAUGUAUUUGUCCUUACGAAUAAGAUUUCUUAUUUUCUUAUUUAACGA